UAGGCGAGUUUUAGUUUGCGUCUGUUUCGCUAAUAAUAUAAAAGCUUUUUUUUCUUUUUUCACUCGAAUCUAGCAUCAAGCAUCAUAAUAUAAAUAGAAAAGGAGAAAGUGGGAAAAAGUGAAAGAAGAUAAGAAGAAAAAAGCUCUCGGAAGUUUAAUUAAUUAAAAAUGUCACAAACCGAAAUGGAUUCCCGACAUCCGAAGUGGCUCAACAUAUUUUUUUUCGAGAAGGUCAUCAAACAUUACUGUAAAGAUGAAGAAGCGAAAGUGAUGGAAUUUGUGAUCCGAUCAGGAUCAAAACCGGGUGAAAGUUUUGCGAGUGACUUGUUACGAGCCUCCAUAAAUUAUUUGACCGUUUCGGGGACUAAAUCAAUAUCAGUUAUUGUGAAAAUGAUGCCUUCAAAGGAAGAAGGCGACAUCGAUGGAAAGCGUCUUUUCAUGAAUGAAAUGAAGAUGUACGGCGAUACUUUAAUUGACAUAAAUCGUGUUUUGGUUGAAGCAAACGCAGACGUGAAACUCUUUCCAACUUUAAUUUAUCAAUCGACCGAACCUGCCGUGAUUGUUCUCGAGGAUUUAAGUGUCAGCGGCUUCACAACACUUCAAGUUCCUGAAGAUUAUGAAACAUCGAAAUUGAUUUUUACACGUCUUGCGGCAUUUCAUGCUGCGACUUUUGUUUUGUUGGAAAAUAAAAAUGAUUUUUCCAACUACAAUUUUUCAGUUUAUCAUAUGCCUGAUUCGAUUCAAGAGUCUUUCUUCAGACACAACUUGGAUAUCUUGAAAACUCUGAUACUUGAGAAUGCAUGGCCAGAAUUGAACAAACCUGAAUAUGUCGACAGAAUCGACGAAGUUAUUGAAAAAUGCUCUAUUAGAGGCAAGCGAGCUUUUACCCCCACAGCAGGUGGAUUUAAUGUUUUGAAUCAUGGUGAUUUCGUACUGAGAAAUAUGCUAUUCCAAAAAAUUGAUGGGGAAAUUCGUGAUGUGCAAUUUUUGGACUUCCAGUUGAGCGUUUAUGCUUCACCAGCUGUUGAUAUUUUUUAUGCGCUCUAUGGAUCGAUGACUCUGAAAAAUCGAAAGAAAUAUCGUAAAGAAAUCAUACUUUUAUACUAUGAGACGUUUAAGGAAAGUCUCAAGACUUAUGGCUACGAUAAAGAACCUCCAACACUUCUCGAUCUCAAUGUGGAAUUGACGAGAAACGGUUCUUUGGCAGCUCAUCUCUGUCUCUGCUAUUUGCCAUAUUUACUGGCAGAAUGGAGUGCUAUAGAUUCUAAUGUCAUGUAUAACAUAAAUGAAGAUUCAGUAUUGUCAAAGCGUCAACUUUAUCUCAGUGAAAAAUUUAGUGAAGUGAUAAAGGAAGAGUUCUUAGAUUUCUUCUAUAGUGGCUUUAUUUGAACUUUUAAAUGAUAUCAAGGCACUUCAUAAAAACUUUUUUCACGAAUUUAAGUAUGUAAUAGAAUGAACUGGGGGAAAAUAGUUUUUCUUUCCAGCUUUCCUGUCGUCUGGCAAAGUUUAUAAUUAAUUAUGUUGUAAAUUAACAAGAACGCGUUGAAGUGAAUAAAAACUAAGAGUCAAAGAAAAUGAA